GGCGAUGCGGCGCCGGCUCCGGGCGCUGAUCCCCAGCUUGACCAUGCGUGCCGGCGCGGGGGCCGUGCUGCGGGGACACCGAGGCUGCGGCUCGGCCUGACGCAGCCCCCAGCUCCCCGGCGGCGGGGCCGACGCAGCCCGGCCGGAUGGAGGCUCCAGGUGGGGCGGGGACCCCAGAACGGGUGAAAGAAGCCCAAGCGCUGGAGCGAGCCACAGGCAUCCCGGCACAUGGGCCGGUGGAGGAGCCUCCCAGCCCCCCUGCCGAGGAGCAAGGCGGGAUCCCCAUCCCCAGCUCCGGCCUGCUGCAGGUCGCCGAGCGGAGACAGCCCCUGAGCAGCGUGUCCUCCCUGGAGGUGCACUUCGACCUGCUGGAUCUGACCGAGCUGACGGACAUGUCGGACCAGGAGCUCGCCGAGGUCUUCGCCGACUCCGACGAUGAGAACGUAGCCAGCGAGUCCCCUGCCGGUCUGCACCCGCACCCCAUCCCUCGGGCAGGGUACCUGCGAUCCCCCUCCUGGACAAGGACCAAAGGCGAGCAGGGACGGGAGAAGAAACACCUCAGUGACUCGGAGCUGCAAGCAGGCGUUGUUGACACAUUCCUGGCGGUGGAGAGGCCCCAGAAGGAAUAGAGGGCUGGGAGCCAUGGUGCCGAGCUGGGGUUGGUCACUCUUGCACUCACCCCCACUUCCAGACAGUUUGUGACCUUAACAGACCCCUGCACCUAGAGAGACGUGCAAACGCUGCUGGCUCCAUACAACACAAAGCUCCCCCUUAGUGCAGCCAUAGGAUGUGGAGCAGGUGUGCGAGGGCACUGGCCCUGCUGGGCAAGGAAUUCCCGGGGGAGACAGAUCAUCAUCACACCAUCUUAGCACUUUUUAGCCCUUUCUUGCUCAUUCUGCACAAAACCUGGCCAGGCCAGCAGUAGUGAGAGCCCUGAAGGGAUUGUACUGAGCAGGGCCUAGGGCCAGGAGGGAGCCCGGCUGCACAGAAGGGAAAAGCAGGUUUGGAGAGAAGUGUGUCUUGCUGGAGAACAACCCUCCUGCUGCAGGCAGAGUUAGGAAGGGGGGGAAGCCCCCUUUCUUCCCCUAGGGCAGCGGGAGGUAACGUCCAAGGAACCUGAGGGCAAACAGCCACGCUGUUUCUUCCACAGUGAAGUGCUGCAGCUCAGAGCAGAACCCAGCUGCCUGUGAGCUACCGGCCAAGGGGGGGGGGGAUCUAGCCCUCACCUUCUAGAAGCACAUUCUCUUCCCCGUGGCCUUACGCCUGUACGGGCUUUAGUUCUGGUGUAAGAGCAGCACUGCUGGAGAUGCCAACCCAGGAACAACAGCCUGUGCUCAUGCUCCAUCGUGCGCCUGCACAAGGAACUCUGCAGUGGGACUGGCAUGCGUUAACUCACGUGGCUGCGAGGAACCCGCGGGUCUGAAUUACGACGACUGCUUUGUCAUUGUUACAAGGAAGCAGAGUUCCAGCUCUGGAAGCAGCGUGGGCUGGUUCCUGGGGAGCACCAGGGGGCCGGGGGCCGUUGGACAGACGUCUUUCUGUGGUAAAACCGGACUAGGCUGAAGCGAGCUGGACCAUGGGCCCGAAUGUACGGAUCCUGCUGGAGGGGGCCCUGGGGCGAGGCAGGAGGGGCUGUGUUUACCUGAUCCUUUCACCACUGACACAAGCCGCUUCGUGCUAAGGAGCAGAAUGGAUUCGAGGUGACCUGGGAGAAGAACGGGACCAGCGCUGCACACAGAAAACAAGCGAGGCUAAGCUGGACAUCCUGGCCUGGCCCCUUCAAACCUCAGCCCCCAUUGAAUUGUUGCCACUCUCCGAGCCGCUGCUGUCCAACUGGAAUCUGAUGUGUUACCAAACUUUUCCUACCUCCUCCCGGGGGUGGGUUUAGCCUGUUGAAUGCCCACAGGUCCCGAUCUUGCUAAGCCCAGCCGUUCUGCAGGGGAGCCAGACAGUGCUAGAAUGUCUUCGCAGGCUCCUCUCACAACUGCUGCUGUCCACCCCUCCGAGCCCCCCGGGCAGUCUAGUCUUCAUCUCCUCCCUUGUUCAGAGCACCAAAUAAUGCCCCGGCUGUCUCCAGAGCCCUGGCAACUUUCUUAUAAGACAGUUACAAAGAAGCGAUGGCGGGGAGGGGGCAGGUCUUCCCCUCUUCCAACUUCCCUUGGUUAAACGGGGGAAUCCUCAUUUUCUGCCGUUCUUCUGUGGAGAAGAAACUCUCCUGCCGAACCACCAUCUCUUGCCUCACUGUAGCGUCGUGGGUGUGUGGCUGCCUCCGGUCCCUGUGGCUCUGUGUGCGCAGUAGUGUCGAGCCGGGGCUACGUUGCGGAGGAGCAGCACUGCCAGCUCUGCUUAGGACCCCUGGCCCCUUGUAUCUUGUGUCAAAGGCUGACUUUCAAGAGAUCGCAGCGAGGUAGCUGCUCUGCUACGCACGAAUCCCUGACCCAGAAUCAGGUAGUCUACGAAUGAUUUAGCACCAGGUUCCCCACGAACAUGCGGUGCGCAACGGGUAAGAGGCGGCUCCCUUCUGUCUGCACUCCGGUCCCGACCCGAAUGGCUCUCCUCAUCGAACCGUACUCCCCGGAGGGGGGGGCCGGCUAUCCGGGGCCAAGCGAGGCUCCACGGCGCUCCCGUAUCAUUACGUUUAGGGGGGAUUCUGACUUAGAGGCGUUCAGUCAUAAUCUCACAGAUGGUAGCUUCGCCCCAUUGGCUCCUCAGCCAAGCACAUACACCAAAUGUCUGAACCUGCGGUUCCUCUCGUACUUUGCAGGCUGCUGUUAGGGGCGAGGUCGCCUGGCUUGGAGGCCAUGUUCCCAAGAGGGAAACGAGUCAAUUCAGAGGUGGCCAGCACAACCCGUCAUGUCCAGCUCUCCGCAAAGCUCAUCUUUAGUGCACAACAGCAGCAUUGUAAAGUGAGACUAGUAACAGUCUGGGGGGACCGUCUGUCAAGGGAUGUGAAAUAAUUAGGACCCUACCACCUUCAUGGUCCAUUUUGGUCAAUUUCACAGUCAGGAUUUUAAAAAUAAUCAAUUUCAUGAUUUCAGCUAUUUAAAUCUGCCAUUCCAGUGUUGUAAUUGCAGGGGUCCUGAGCCAUAACGGAGCAAUGGGGGGAGGAGCUGCAAGGUUCCUGGAGGAGGGGUUGUGGUAUUGCCACCCUUACUUCUGCACUGCUGCUGGUGGGGAGCUGGGCGCCCAGCCCACACCUGCCACGCUCCAGCCCCCCGGCACUGAAGGCAGCGUAGAAGUAAGAGUGGCAAUACUGUGACACCCCUCCCCCCCGCAACUCCCUUUUGGGUCAGGACCCCCCAUUUGAGAAACGCUGGUCUCCCCCGUGUAUAGUAGAAGGUAAAAGCACACAACACACCAGAUUUCACAGUCCGUGACACAUUUUUAUGGCCGUGAAUGUGGUAGGGCCUUACAAAUAAUGCCCCGGGUGGUUGGACCAUGCCCUCUCUCUCCUCUACCAAAGCUGGAAAAGUCUGAGCCAGAUCUCUGGGGUGGGAAGAACCCCAGCUCUCGUUUCUGCCCUGUUCAGCCCAGCUGGGCUCUUGCAUUGAAAUUCAGACGCAGCACGGAGAGGGGGUUCCAGCAGGCCGUUCUCUGGGCUGCACCCUGAAUUUCAUGGCCAGACAGUUGGGCUGCUCCUGAUUGUCAUGUAAAUCAGGCCAGCUGGAGUGCAGCUAGGCUUUGGCUGACACGAGCCACUAGGGGCUUUGGCAGCAGCUUCAAAAAUAAAUUCCCUGCUUCCAGAGCCCAGUGUGGCGGUUUGGGCUGGGUUGCAGCUGUCAUUCAGAUGGGUGCUGUUGCUAUUCCAGUGUCCUACCUGUUAGUUAUACAAGUGCCAGCAGCCCCCUGGAAAAGGACGGCUCCAACUCUGAUGUAUGCAGGGGCUUGCAAGGGAGGGAUUCCUUAAAAACCAUCUCCCACGCAGAGCAGGAGUUGGUUAAACUCCUCCCUGGAGCUCCGGCACCGAGCUGCCUGGCCACCAGAGUAAAAGAGCAGUUAGGUUGUGAUGCCAGCAGGGCACAAUAAGGACUUGGCUGGUUUUAAUCUAAGUCUUGAGGCAGCUCCAGGCAUCCAGGACACACGCACUGCACCCGCCAGCUGUGGAGCUGUUCUGCCCUUGGCCUGUACUUUUCAUUGGUUGUGUAGCAGCUUUCUGUACUGUUAAAAAACAAACGUAUCCCCA